AUGCUUGCACAAGAAAUUCGAAAUAAUCUUUCCAAAUUUCCCCACUGUCUUCUUCUCACUCGAGUUGGCAACUUUUACGAGUCAUACUUCGAGCAAGCCAUUGAAAUUUCCAGAAUACUCAACAUCAAACUGACUUCUCGGCGAUGGGGAGGAGGUCGCGUUCCAAUGUGUGGCUUUCCACUCCUGCAUAUGGACAAACACCUCAAAGUGAUGGUACAGCAGCACAAACGCUUCGUCGCCGUGUGCGAAGAAUUUCCGAAAUAUACAGCGUUUGGUGCACGAGAGUUCGAACGACGUGUAGUUCGGGUUAUCACACCGGGAACGCUUAUUGACGAAUCGUUCUUGAAUCAAUACGAGAACAAUUACCUUUUAGCUGUUAGUGUACCGGAAGGCGAUAGUGCCAAAAAUCCUACGCUUGGUUUAGCAUGGAUAGACGUUUCCACCGGAGAAUUUUACUCCAAGCGCUCGUCGCACGAAAGUGUACGCGACGACAUUGCUCGUAUAGGCCCUCGAGAGAUCCUUCUCGACAAAAUCAUGGAGACACAAAUUUCGCAUCCAACUAUGAAGGUGGUUACUGAAGAGAGUAGCGUUGUGUCCUUUGUUGCCCCAUCACAUUCAACUGCUAAUGUGACAGACGAAAUUGUUACAGCCCAGAAUGGGUCCCCAGCUACGCCUUUCUUGUACACUCCUGAAGAAACAUGUGCUAUUGAUCUUUUGACAACCUACUUACGUGCUAAUCUGCUUGAACAUAUGCCUAUCUUAUCGCUACCUAACCGCGAAGACACUGAGGCAAGGAUGCAGAUCGACUCCCACACCAUCAAGGCAUUGGAAAUACGGGAAAAUAUACGAGAAGGCGGAGUCCGCGGCAGUCUCAUGAGCUCCGUGAAACGUACAAUCACCUCCAGCGGUACUCGAUUGCUCGCAAGAUGGCUUUGUUCUCCCAGUACCUCGAUCCAAGAAAUCAAUGCUCGACAGUCUCUGGUUGCGUUCUUCCACUCACGCCCUCACUUUCGUGCAGAUCUACUUGUGUUCCUGGCCAAAGCCGAAGAUGCCAGUCGGAUCGUGCAGAAAUUUCUCCUCGGGAAAGGAGAUCCAAGCGACAUGUUGGCUUUGACCGCAACCGUUAACAUCUGGAGUGGGAUUCAGCAGAGGGUCAAUCACGAGCGGGAGAUGGAGUAUUUGGAACGACGAUCUUUCAGUGCUUCAGAGUGGGGCAGCUUGGACUCGUUGAUGAAUCGGAUGGUUAAUCUUGAGGAUCUCGCACAAAGGAUCAGCCUUGCGGUCGAGCGUCCGGUCCCUCCGCAAUAUGACGAGUCGGCUGAAGACGCUGACCUCGAAAGCGAUGAAAAUUCAGGCGCGAACACUUUGCGUGCAGAAUGGCGAUAUGGUCGCGUGAAAUUUGGCAUAAAAAUUAAACCAGAAUUUUCGACGACACUUCUGGAGCUCAAUAAUACCCUUAGGGAUUCAUGGGAACAAAAGGCAAAAAUGGAAGAAAGGCUUCAGCUUAAAUAUGACGCGCCAUCAUUGACUCUCCGGUCUUCGCCAGGUCAAGGCAUGCAUGUUCACUUAGCCAAAGCAAAAAGAGAUCAGAAAAAAAUAGCUGCUGACCCCGAUUUUGUGUCCAUAAGUGAAACGGGUACCACCCGAUCUUACUUCUUUCAGGACUGGGCUCAGCUUGGACAGAAGAUCUUCACGACAUCGAAUGCGAUUGCUACGUCGGAGAAAGAAGCAUUCGAGAUAUUGCGACAAGAGGUCAACCUCCGAGCACCAAGUUUAAGGCGCAACGCUCGCGUCGUUGACGAAUUAGACGUAACUUUGGCGUUUGCCCAGCUUGCAACGGACAUGAACCUCGUCAGACCAUCAAUACAAGAAGACACGACCUACAACGUGAUCAACGGCCGACACCCCACAGUUGAAUUGGGACUACUCACGUCUGGGCGUGUAUUUACUCCGAACACAGUAGCACUGACGCCUUCUUCCCAUUUCCAUGUCAUCACUGGUCCAAAUAUGGCAGGAAAAUCGACCCUUCUGCGUCAAACGGCUUUGGUGGUAAUUUUGGCGCAGAGUGGAUCCUUUGUUCCGGCUGAUGCGGCAGCAUUAGGCAUCGUGGACAAGCUCCUCUCCCGCGUAGGGGCUAAAGAUGAUUUAUUCCACAACCGUAGUACAUUCAUGGUGGAGAUGUUGGAAACAGCAGAAAUACUGCGGCGAGCUACUCCCCGAAGUCUGGUGAUCAUGGAUGAAGUUGGAAGAGGAACAACUGUAAAAGAUGGUAUUGCUUUAGCAUUUGCAACCAUUCAUCAUUUAGUUUCUGUCAAUCGAUGCCGAACGCUGUUUGCGACACACUUCCACGAACUAUCAGAAAUGCUAGGUUACAAGGAUGGUGCGCCUUCUGGACAAGGCAUAUUUGAGAACGUCGCUUUUUACUGCACCACAGUGGAUGAGAUGGAGAGUGGAACAUUUUCUUAUUCUUAUCGUCUACGACCAGGCGUCAACCGUGAUAGCCACGGUCUGAAAGUGGCACAAUUGGCUGGAAUGCCGCCGUUAGCCAUUACGGUAGCAAAAAACGUACUAACAGCCCUCAAAAGUGAUACAACAGGAGCUUACAAUGCUAAAGAGCUCGCAUCCAUUGGACGAAUAUUGACUUGUAGUUAA